AUGUCUGCAGAUGAAAUACCAGUCAAAUCAUCCUUCCACGAGGAUGCCAUCGACAACAAUAACACAGAAGAGGAAAAGGACUCCACAGAUCUCUUCAUGAAAAUGCUUGAAAAGAAACUGAUGGAAGAGGGUCAGUCUCUUGAUUCCGGUUUUGCUUCAUCAUCUUCAACCACAUUUGCUUCAUCAAAUAGGAAACCUCUCGCACCACGUAAACACAAAGCACGAACGUUUGCAAAAAAGAAGGAACUAGAGUCCACAAAUGUGGAAGACUGUUCCGAGAGUGUACAAACCACAACAACAACAACAACAACAACUAGUAAUACUAACACAACUCAAAUUGAAGAUAAAUCACUCCCACAACCUCUUCAUAAACCUCUCCCUUCAUACACUUUGACUUUGUCUCAAUCUCUUCAAGAUACAACACCUGUGAACGUUUUAGGUAAAAUUUCCGAAUCAUGGUUCACCACCAUUCAAGAAGAAAAGUGGAGCAGUAAGAGAGAUGCUCUCUCCGAAUUGAAACAAUUGAUUGAUUAUCCUUGCUUGGAAGAUGGAGACUACUCACCCAUUGUUGCUCGAAUUCUGGCCGUCAUUGAGGAGGAGAAAAACCUUGCCGUAACCAAGCUCGUCGUUGAGUGUGUUGAACUGCUUUCAAAAGGAUUGAAGACAAAUUUCAGUACAUAUGCAAGAGAGCUUACUGAGAAAUUAUUGCCCAAGAUGAAGGAUAAAAAGCUUAGUGAAUUGGUGGCUAAUGCAGUCUCGUCCGUAGAAGAAUCCUCUCUUUCUUUCUCCGAAUUAGCUCCUCUUCUCAUUUCCUCCAUCAAUAGCAAGUCUCCCUUUGAGAAAAUUGGAGCCGUUAAUUGUGUCGAAAAGUGCCUCUCUCGAAAACCAGGUUUUGAUGCUAUUGAAUCAUUAUUUAACACUCUAACAGAUGCAGUUGUACAAGCCUCAGAGGAUAGCAACAAGGAGGUAAGAGAGGCAUCAUUCAAAUGCCUUGGAAGAAUUUUGUGGCUUGUUGGAGAGAGAAACUUUGAUCCUUACUUUUCCAAAUUGGACAACAUUCGAAUUGAGAAGGUGAAGGAAUUUAAGAGUACUUUUGGUGCUUCUCCCGCCGCUCAUCAGCCACCACAAUCUAAACCUUCAUCAUCAUGCUCCUCCCAAAAAUCAGAAACAAAGAAGCAAGCAGAACCCCCAGUCAAAAAAGCCCCUCCUCAAAAGAAUCCUGCUGUCAAGCGAAAGCAAGAAGAAACGAACACUGCUACCAACGGUCCUCCAAGCAAGAAGAAGACCACAAGUGCAAAACCAUCGAUGGCAAGUGUUGACUUGGGUAUUUCAUGCCCAAUUUCUUGUGAAGAGGCAUUGAUGAGAGCUGAAGAAGUACUUCCACCAUCUUUCUUGGAGAAUAUGGGGACUUCACAAUGGAAAAUUCGUUUUGAAGCCAUGGAAAAUCUUCUUACCUUUAUAUCUGAAAUGGACAAAGAUACACUCAACCACAAUGCUAACGUAAUAAUAUUGACUCUUUACCAAAAACCUGGAUGGAAAGACGCCAAUGCACAAGUACUGAACAAACUCACAGAAGUUGCCAUGUACAUUAUGGACAAUUAUCACAAGAAUCCAAAAGUCGUUUCAGAAUGGCUCUCAUGGAUGUCCAAGACAAUGGAGGAAUUUGCCUUGCAAACCAUUGAUGUUAAGGCACAUAUUGAAUUUGCUAAAGUAUGUCUGGGCCAUAGCAAACCUGAAGUUAAGAAGGGAGCAACCAUGUGUCUAUGCACAAUGAAACGAUUCAUGGGAGAAGGUUUGCUCAAUUUUUUGUCAGACGUUAAACCUGCGACUUUGGACACGAUCAAGAAGGACUUUGAAAAAGUUCAGCAUGACACACCAGCAGCAACAAGGUUUGUCAGAGGCUCAAAUAAGAGUAGCAAUAUUGGAAUGGCAGUUGAUUCUGAAGAGCAUAGUGGUGCUGCAAGUAGUAGUGGCACCACGUCGUUCGAAGACCUUCUUCCAAGAACAGACAUUUCUGGAAAGCUCACAGCAAAACUAUUUAAGGACAUGGAAGAUAAGGCAUGGAAAGCGAGACUCGACGCACUGGAAGAAGUGAAGAGCAUCAUCAUUGAAGCCAACAAGAGAAUUACACCAAAUAUUAACAAUCUUAUUCAGGCUUUGAAAAAGAGACUCGAAGAUGCCAAUGUAAAGAUUUUGAGUACUACUCUUGAAUUAUUGGUAUUAAUUGGAGAGGCUGUUGGAAGUGCUAUGGAUAAGUUUACGAAUGCCAUUAUUCCAUACAUGAUCACAAAGCUAGGUCACAACAAUAAGGGCGUUCGAACAGACACCUACAAGACUCUUGAAGCCUUGAUCAAGUAUAUACCAAUGGAAAGUAUCCUUAAAUCGAUGGAUAAAGUGUUGACGAAUGAGAAGGGUCAUCCCGAUGGAAGAAAGGAUGCUCUGCAAUUUAUUGAUACUUACAUGUCUGAUAUGAAGAUCAAAACAAGAGAUACCUUCCAACCAAUUGUGAAAUCAAUUAUCAAUAGUUUGCAAGAUCCAAAGGCAUGUUCAAGGAAGUUAGCAGAAAGUAUUCUGGAAAAGAUGAUUCAAUCCACUGGAGCCGAUUUUGUGAAGGAGAACUGCAAGGAUCUUAAACCAGCAUUUAAGUCCACCAUUCUCUCAGUUAUAUCGAAAUAUGAAAAUAUUGUACCAUCCACCUCUUCAUUGAACUCUUUCCAAGAAACACCUCUGAAUAUGGAAAGCGUGAAUGGUCAAGUCGAGGCAACCAAAUCGUCCACAACUGUACAAGCUACUUCUAAAUCAACUUCUCAGCAGACUGCAAUGACCAUUGGAGAUAUUAAGAGACAACAAACGCAACAAACUCAACAAACUCAGGUCAGACAAACCAUUGGACAAUUGAAAGAACCUUCUUCUUGCAGUCAAGAAGAGGAAAAGAACUCUUCAGCAUCCAGAAGAACUCUCACACAAGCAUCAUUGUUCCCUUCGGCUCCAUCUAAUAACCCAUUAAGAUCCUUCUCUGGCCAGGAGAGUCCAACAAGGUCUUCCUCUCUACAAGAUAAUGCACCAUCAACUCCUGGAAAGAGAAAUUUCAAUCAAGUGAAAGACAGUGUGUUCACAACACCAAAGAAGAUGAAGUUCACUCAGGCUCCAACCGAUCAAUUGCUCCUUCUGUCUCCAACCAAUCUUCUCACUCCAAGAAGAGUACAAACCAUCAUACCUGAACGAAAGGAACUCAAGCUAUCUGUUGAACAAGUUAUUUCCCUACUCUCCAACACAAAAAUUAGCAACUUUGAGAAUGCUAUGAAUGCUAUGAAAGCACUCGAUAAGCUUGUGGAGGCACAAGAUAUGGGAAUUGCUAUGAAUCGGGAAGCAUUACUGUAUGCCCUGACUAACUUCUUUGAGGUUGUUUUCGACUCUGUCAUUAUUGGCUUGUCAGGUCCAAGAAUUUGUAAAAUCAUUAUCAAUACUCUCAUGGGACUGUUUGAGGCAAGACCCUUUUCAGUUGCAGUCACAAAGAAGUCAUUGUAUCACUUGUUGGAUACUCUUCUCCGAUUGUUGCUCAAUGAAAAGUUGCCAUACAUUGAGUAUGGAGAUAAGAUGAUGUCUGCUCUCAAUAGUCUCAUUCUCAAGAUUCUAGAAAACUCUUCACGAACAACUGCCUACGGCUGCCUUAUUUCCAUGCUGGAGAAAUCAUGUCUCGAUCACGAACAGGAACCAUCCACUCUCACUCGAGUACUGAUCAAAUGUCUUAACAAGCUUACCAAAACCUUGGAGAAGACGAUUGGAAUCAUUGAUAUUAAUACCGUUCUUUUAGAUGUUCAACAUUUUAUGACGAACAAUCCACAAACAUUUUUCGAAGGAAAGGACGACAGUCCAUUCAUCACCAUUAAAACAAUAAUUCAAACAUUGGUGAGAUUGAAGGGAGCUACACUGAGAGCGCACAUGAAUGGACUCAAUAAGGUCAUGAUUGCACACAUUGAGCAUGAGCUGAAUGUUAUUUCCAUUUCCAACUCUUCCAUAACCAGCACUUCUUCGAGAGUGAUUGGCUCUCCUGUUCGUUCUACUCAACAACAAUCUGAUAGCGAAUUGCUUAAGGAAAUUUGUACCAUGAUUGGAAACAAGGAGACCAACAAGUCAGGCUUGUACAAACUGUAUCAUUUCCAAGUGCAACAUCCUGAAUUCAAGUUGAGUGAGUUUUUAGCUACUACACAAUUUGGAAAAAUCUUCCAGGAUUACAUUGUUAAAUCCAUUGCAAAAAUUGCAGGUCAUGAACAAGCAAAGAGUCAACAGAAGACAGCAACUGGAAGCGAGUAUCCAUCGUCGAGCAGCGUGUCCACCUCAACACUCUCUUCAUCAUCCUUAACACCUCCUGAAUCCACACGACCUGCCCUCAAGGAUUUGACACCUUCACUUUCGGUCAUCAACUCAAUAAGCUCAGCCUCUGCUAUCGCCUCCAUUGUUGAGAACAGUGUGAGCACUAAUUCCAACAACAACAAUGUUUCUUCCAAGCCUCACCACUCUCUUACCUCAGAAAGCAUGAGCAAGAUGAAGUUCUCUAUUGAUGACUAUCGAAAGGAGCUCAAGUUGAGAAGCUCGUCUGCACACGCUUCUCUCUCUUCGUCAGCCUCAUUGGCAACAUCCUCAACAUUGUCACUUUCCAGUUCUUUAGCCAACGUUCAAAGCAUUAAAGAACGAUUGGCACAAGUGAAGGUUAAUUCUGCAUCUUCUAUUGAUUUGGAAUCAAUUAGACAGAAAUACAAGCAGCAAUUAUCUUCAACAUCAUUGAACACAUCAAACGCCAAUAAGGAGAAGGAAAAUAUCCCAAUGCAAUAA